CAGCUGAGUCGCUGUCGUCGUCAGUUGUUGCGCCGUCGCUGCCUUGUCAUCAUCGUUUUUGUAAUUUCGGUCGUUGUUGUGUGCUAUUUAUUUGGGAAAAAAUAUAUAAUCUGUUUAGUUAUUUCAUAUGCUACACCCUUCAUCAAAUAGUAAAGUUAAUCAAAAUCUACAAAAAGUGCUUAGAGCGGUGUAAAAAUACGUUUGUGCACCAUAGCGGGUGGUAAAAGUAACAAGUGAAGAGGAAAAAAUUAAGUACCUGUCAUCAUCUUAAGGUUUCCUUCGCUCGUAUAAGCCACGCAAAUCUCAAAGUAGUAGAUCGUAGUUGAUUUUUCUUGAAUCGUAUUAAAGUUACUGUGUAAACAGGGGGAAAUAAAAACAGCAGAUAAACGACAUUUGUGUCGCUUUUGCAAACGAAAUGCAAAGAAUCCCCACACGAGGAUCGAUAUCGUGCUUUUCUACUACUGUGUUCUUUAUAAAAUAAUUACGAGUAAUCGAAACAAGUGCCUUCUUCAAUGUGAAUAAUUCAAAUCAAAUUAAUUGCAAACAACAACUCAAAAUAACAAAAAUAAAAUACUAACGGUAUUAGCGAGAAUUUAAAUAACAACAGCGAACAGCAGCAACAACGAGCCAACAAAAAAAAAAUAAAAUAAAAAAUAAGUAAAAUUAAAAUAUCAAUAUAGCAACAGUCGCAAAAAAGUAGAAUAAGGUUACCAAACAACAACGCAACGCAUUACUAUCUUCAGUUCAUACAUCAUUCAUAGUAUUCUCCUCAUAAAAAAGAAACAAAAACAAAGAUAAGCACCCAAAUUAAAAGAUAAAACACCGUUUGACGAAAGACGUGAAUUCUGUGAUAAACAGUGUUUCUCAAACUGCCUUAAUUUAAAGUAAAGGAAAGUAAAUAAAGAAGAGAAGGAAAGCAAAAGCAUACAAAAAAAGUGGAAAUAACGACAUAUAAUACAUAAAUAAAAAUAAAAUAAAAGAGGUUUACAAAUUUAUACAAACGUGCUUCCUUCGCUUAUCCUCAGAAUAAAUAUCGCGCAGUGAUAAUUUGUGCCGGUAAAUUUUGGUAUAAAACUAAAUUUCAAACCCAUUCAAUUGUAAUAACUAAAUAAAAAUAAUCCAAAAAUAAGAAAGCAGCAAAAUAAAUUGUGAAACAAUAAAUAAAAAUAUUAAAUUAAAAAUACAAACUAGCUAAAUCAAGCUAAAUCGAUUUAACUUUGUCUAACGUAAUACAACGAAAAUACUGUCAACAUGGACUCGCAGGGUUAUGAAAAUGCACGCAAUAUGACGUUGCUCUUCUUCCUUGAGCGCCUCAUGGAUAAGGGUGAGGCACGCACUGUUCACGAUUUGUCCUGUCAAUUUGGUAGCAAGGAAUUCACCAAGGAAAUGCGUCAAAUUGCUGGCGGUAGUCAAUCGGGCUUGAAGAAGCUGCUUGCCCAGCAUCCAUCAAUCUUUGUUAUCGAUGGCGACUAUGUGAAGGUGAAUACCUAUCAGCACGCCUCAGAGGACGAUAGUGGCUUAGGCGGGCGGCGUGAUUACAUUAAAGAGGCUAAAGACUACUUUAAAAAUAAAAUGCUACAGUAUGGCAUUGGUGUGGAGGUGCCGGUGCGUAGCUUGCUGGGCCACCGCUCGCAGGCAUCGCCACAGGUGCGACACAUAUCAGGUCAGCAUAUAAAGGAAUUCACUGAGUUUCUGCAGAAGCAUACGGAUAUCUUUAAAGUGGUCGACGAUCACGUGAUGCUUGUGGGUUGCGAUGAUAUGACGGACAUACCGGCACAGGACCGUCUGCACUUGCCGCAAAGCAACAUUGAUACUAAAGCCACCCAGCAGAUGUUGGAUUUCUUUGCGCAAUGCAUCGAAACGAAGGGCCCCAUUUUAGUGGAUCGCUUAUUUCAUUUGUUGACAGCGCGAUUCCCGCAGGAGCAAUGGUUGCGCAUGUUCAAAACCCCCAAUGAUCUCUCGACUUUCCUCAAGCUCUUCUCCGAUUGCUUUCACAUACAAGCCAAUCUAGUCACGCUGUUGCAGAAGCCACGGCUGAGUGAUUCGUAUAUACAGCAGGCACAGGCGCGUUCGCGUGAACAAUACAAUUCGCUGAACAACAAUAUCAAUAAUGUGGAGUUCAAGAAUCAGUCGCCACCACCAGCGGCAGCGCAGCCAGCACUUAGCGCCAUACAACAGCGUUUGCAAUCGUCAGCGAUACGUAAUUUUGCGAGCAACAACAAUGCCUCAACGCCACAAAGUUUCAAUGGGAAUAACCUUAGCAACAACAACAACAACAAUUGCAAUAUUACAUCACCGAAUUUCAAGCUGAACGCGCCCGUAUACAAUAUGUCGAGCCCAGCAACAACGACGGACAAUACGUCACAAUCACGUUCAGAACCCAACUCGGGCUUUGACAGCUUCAUACAAAUGGCGGAUGUGCACUUGGAGAAUCUCUGCGAUCGCAAUUGCCCCAGUCCGAGCACUUGCUCCUCAUAUGGUCCGUCGGGCACCAAUAAUCAAAAUCCGUUGAGUGGUCAAAUCAAUUUGAAUUCACUGCAAAAUGCCGCCAUACCGACACAGGCACCCACAGAGCGCCUGAAUAGUCUGAAUCAGACAUUGAAGCAGCGUGUCAAUAACUUGGUGAUACGGACAUUGGCCGAGAACUAUGAAAAAGACAAGCAAUCGCUGGCAAAUCAGGUUGGCGGUGCAUCUGUUGGUUAUAACCCCCAAAACUCCUCCUCCCAAUCAAGCCCCGUGCAUUCCAAUAACAUUAACGCCACCACCGCUGGUAGUGGCGCGGCAAACGCAAACUUAGCCUCAACUACAACGGCGUCUUCUAAUAGCAACGCAGCACAUUCACCUAGUCACAAUUACUUCAUCGGCGAUACCUGGAAGAUAAAAGUGCUGCAGAACACGACGGUCAUUGCUAAUGUGAAGCAUUCCAUGUUCGUCACUGAGGCGAUGCUGAAGUUUGCGCAGAACCAUCAGAGUAUAGUCAUUUCGCUGGACUUUGAAGGCAUCAAUUUGGGCGUAAAGGGUGAGAUAACCCUUAUUGAAAUCGGCACCACGCGCGGUGAGGCAUUCAUCUUUGACGUGCGCAGCUGUCCUGAGAUAAUCAGUGACGGCGGUUUGAAGACCCUGUUAGAACAUGAUAAUGUCAUCAAGGUCAUACACGACUGCCGCAACGAUGCGGCGAAUUUAUAUCUACAGUUUGGCAUACUUUUACGGAAUGUCUUCGACACGCAGGCCGCGUAUGCCAUUGUGCAGUAUCAGGAGACGGGCAAACAGGUAUACAAGGCGAAAUAUAUCUCGCUGAAUACACUCUGCGAACAGUAUAACGCCCCAAUUAAUCCGAUUAAGGAGCAACUCAAGCAGAUUUACCGCCGCGAUCAAAAGUAUUGGGCCAAGCGGCCACUGUCACGUGAUAUGUUACUCUAUGCGGCCGGUGAUGUGCUAGUCUUAAUCAACGAUCAACUCUACGGCAAUCUGGCGAGACAAAUUAAACCGGAGAAUCGUCAGCUUUUCUCUGAGCUAUGCACUGAGCAAAUACUCAUACAAAUCAAACCAAAUGAGGUGAAGACACGCAAGAAGCAGCGCAAAGUAACCACUGAGGUGGCUGACCUCAAGCAGAAACUGGAGCAGUCUAACAAGAGUAUAGUGCUAUCGAAUCGCGAAAUUCGCUUAUUGCGCUACAUGGACUUGACCGAGGAGGAGAAAGACCGUUUGAAGCGCAAUAACAAUAAAUUAGCAAAGAAGUUUGAAAAGAUGGAAUCGGCGGGCAAUCAAACUAGAGAUCAAAGUGAUUCCGAGGACGAUCAGGAACCCACUGAAAACGAUAACUUCCCAAGUCUCGACUCAGUGCCAUCAGAUAACUCAUUAACCGGCACAUUUUCGCCACGCUUCAACUCUGAGCCACCCAGUUUAGCAGAGUCUAUGCAAAUGAUGGAUGAAAUCUUGUCAGAUCAGUUAAUGGAUCGGGUGGUGAAACUGGACAAAUUGGAAGCGAUAUUGUCGGCUGUUACACAAAUGCCAAACGACCAAAUCAUAACUUCCAAUACAGCGCAGGAUCUAUUGGGAUCAAACAUAUCCGCUACCGAUAAUGUACAAAUUGUACGCGAGAAGAUCAAAAAUGCUAAAAAUUGUAACUGUAACUGUGAACGCAGCAUUACGCCAACUAUGCGUUUAGUGACCAAUGAGAAGAAGGCUUUGAAAUUGGUCGACGCAGCAUCACAAACUCUUAGUACGGGCGAUAUUGUAAUAACGAAGAUCUUCUUCCAAGAUGAGCAGGGCAAACAGAAGGAAAAAGUGCUGACUUCAUCGCCAAAACGAAUUGGAGGUGGUUCAACAGCCACGGCGACAGCGACAGCGACGACAUCUUGAAUGCAGGAGAAUACAACCAAACGAGCUGCGAAUUUUUCUACUUGUAUUUAUCAAAAAAAUAACUAAGCAAACGUGAACGUGGCAGCUAAUAACGGAGCGAUAAUGUUGGGCAAUAACUGAGUAAACAUAUCGAAAUUCAUGUAAUUCACCUACGUGGAUACACACACAUAUUUACAUAUAAACACAUGCAAUAUAUUCAAAAUAUUCAAAAAUUGUACUAAGUACUAAGCGUAAAGUGUUGCAAACCUACAACUACUUGUCUAAGUGAGUGUUGGUCUAGACUUGGACCGACUGCCACUUCUGCUACAACAACUACUUUUUUGUAUGUACUUUUAUUAUAUUUUAUUAUUAUUGUAUUAUCUUAUUAUUAUUACUAUUAUUUUCCUAUUUUAAUGGCAAAAGCUUAAUUUACAUAGCUUUGUUGCUUUUUUUUCAAUUUAGCUGAUUUAUUAUUAUUUUGAACGUUUAAAAUUUGUUCUAAGCGAGUAUCAGCAGCGGUGCAACUGCAUCAGAAAAGUGCGCCGCUGUGUCUCGUUUCAAAAUGCGUAAAAUUGUGGGCCGAAUGCAAGCUUGCUUGACUAACUUUGCGCGCUGGGCUUAACUUUGGUUAACUUUGAAAGCUGUCAUAUGCAAAUGGUAGCUUUGAAUGCUGUGAGCGUUAAAUUAAAAUUAAAAUUAAACUGUCAAAGGCCACCUGCUGCGCUGUGAAUAGAAAUUUGCGCUAUGCGAAACUUCAAAGCGCUUCAAGCGCGUGAAAAAACUGCCAUUUAAGCAACUCUCCGUACAUUAAAGUAUAUUUAAAUGAGCCCUGGCAGCUAGUGCGCCUCUUUUCUUAAUUGUAAAAUAAUAUUUGUAUUAUAAAUAAAAAAAUAUAUAUUUCUUUGACAGUUGCGCUAGCAAAGCAAGCGCACAUUGGGCCAGCGCCUUAAUUGUUAAAUGUACGCGCAUACAUACAAACAUAUUAAAUUGCGUAUGUAGUUGUAAAUGCCUAUGUAUUUUACGCUGAUUCGGUACAUUCACUUUUUACUAUUUACAAAAAAAAAAAAAUCGAUAUUAAAAACUAAAUAAUUGUUUAAAAGCUAAAAAAAAACUAUAAGUAAGAAAAACAUUGUGAAAACAAAACGAACGAGGAAAUCACUCUUCACUUAUACUCAUACAAUUAUUUAUGAAAACUUUACGAAAGACGUAUUUUCCUUAUUGGUACGCAUACUUAGUUGAGUAAUGAGGAUGGAUGGAUGUUGGUUAUUGCGGAAUUAAGGUAAGCGGUGGCACAUGUACAUAUAUGUAUAUAUAUAUAUAUUUUGGCAUCUCGAAAUCUCACUUCUCACAGCUAAGCGCAUGAGAAUCUGAUGUUGAUGGGCAGAUGUGGCGUGGCGUAAAAACGAUAUGGGGGAAAGAAAGGCGUGAAAGCUCCUCAAAAAUGAAAAAGUGGUAGUAUAAAAAUAAUACAUACUGUGGCUCAGUCUUUCAGUGCUUACUUAAUGUAGUUUUGACACAUUUAGCAUAAACACUAAACGUUUAAAUGUAAUUCAGCUGGUAAGCCAGUUAAAACUUGCGCUGAUAAGCUGGACCUUUAUAGGAGGCGGAAUAUGCGUAGAGUUGCAUUUGCAUUGCCCUACAAGAAAUUAAGCGCUUAAGCAAAACAUUUAUUUAUAACGAAUUUAUGAGAUUUUUUUUGUUGGAAAUAUUGGGUUGUCCGGAAAGAAAUUGCCGAUUUUUUUAGAAGAAAGUAAAUACAUUUUUAUUAAAACUUAGAAUGAACUUUAAUCAAUUAUAUAUAUUAUUCAUUUUGUUCAAUAACCUUUUGCCAUCUUUCCGGCAAAUUCAUUAUUCCGCGCUGAUAAAACUUCUGGCCUUUAUUUGCAAAAACCUGCACCAAGUGCGAUUUUAUAGCCUCGUAAUUGCCGAAAGUUUCACCAUUUAAGGAGUUUUGCAAAGACCGAAACAAAUGGUAGUCUGACGGUGCACGGUUUGGGCUAUAUAUGGUGAAUGCAUCAAAAGUUCCCAGCCAAGCACAAGUGACUAAAGAUUUAUGCGGUCUAGCGUUGUCCUGAUGAAAUAUGACACCUUUACGAUUGAUCAAUUCUGGUCGCUUCUCGUUGAUGGCUGUAUUCAAUUUGUCCAAUUGUUGGCAGUAAACAGCCGAAUUAAUCGUUUGGCUCCUCUGAAGCAGCUCAAAAUAUACCACACUCUUCCAGUUCAGCCAAACUGACAGCUUCUUUUGGUGAAUAUCAGCCUUUGUAGUGGUUUGCGGCGCUUCAUCAUGCUUGGACCAUGAUCUUUUCGAUUGACGUUACGAUUGUAAACAAUCCAGUUUUCAUCACCAGUGUAAAGCCGCUUCAAAAAUGGAUCGACUUCAUUACGUUUAAGAUGCAUAUCACAAGUGUUGAUUCGGUUUGUUAAAUGAAUUUCUUUCAAUUCCUGUGGUAUCCCAAAUAUCAAGCUUUUUUACUAGUUCAAGAUACUCUUUAUAUGCUCAUGAACGGUUGAUUUUGGUAUAUUAUACUUCUAUCUAAUCUCACGCAAAGUUACAUGACGAUCCAAUUCGAUUAAAGCCUGGGUAAUGUCUUGAUAGACUGUUCACAGUUGCCGACCUGAACGUGGCUCAUCUUUAAGUGAAAAAUGUCCGGAACGGAAUUUGAUAAACCAAUUUAGACCCUUUCUUUUAAGGCUUUAUCAUCAUAUAAAUCACGCAACUUUUUAGCAACUUUCUUUGCGCUUUUUCCUUUAUGGAAAUAAUAAAGUAAAAUAUGACGAAAAUGCUCUUUUGUGGCCUCCAUAUUAAAAUUGACGUCAAGCAAACAAAUAUAAAAAGAAUUACGCGCACUUUUUUUGUAAAGCAAGCUAAAAGUGACAGCUAAUAACUGUCAAAAGAAACAAUUAAAAUAAAUGGUCACAAGCUCUUCAUUAUCAACGCCGUCUAUAUGUAAAAUCGGCAAUUACUUUCCGGACAACCCAAUAUUUAAAAGUGGCAGAAAUGUUUUAAUAACAAGCGCGAAAAAUCUACUUUUCUAAACUGCACUUGCAAAAAAGAUUUUUCUAACCGUUUCUGUUAGCUUAAAUGGGCAGCUGUAAUUACCCAAUGCUUUGAAAAUUAUGUGAAUAUUCGAACAAAGUGUGCAUUUUAGGGAUGGUUAGAAAAUUUUAAUUUUUUUUGCUAGCCGCUGAUGGGGUAAAAUUGUGCAUACAAAUCUGUAGACUUUUAUUGAGAUAACAACUUAACUCGCUUUAUUGUUGCAGCAGCUUACUAAAGCCGAUUUGUUGUAACAACAUAAAAGGUACCCAAAAUAUUGUUUUGGAGGUUGCUGCUAAAUUGGCAAUUCUUGGGCGUAUUGAGAUUCGAGUCGUUCUGGUGACGUAGAACCGAUUGUUGACUGCCAGUUGUCGCUGUCGCCGGUAUCAGCAAUAGCCGUAAUUGUUGAUCCCCGAAUAUAGGAAUAUUUUUCAGAAAUUCGAUAUGCUAAAAUUUCAUUCAGAAUACAACUUUAUUAAACUAAGCAAAAAUCAAUCAGCUUUUUCUUGGAGUUCCCAAUAUUAGCGCUUAUUGUUGCUCCCCAAGAAAGUAGUUACUUCGUCGGUGUGGCACCAAAGGGAGAGAAUUGUUAGUUGAGUACAUACCAUAGUUUCAGUACACUUGUGAGGCGCAGCUUCAUAGCAGCUGCCUUCACAUGCUGCUCCAGUGUUAAAUAUGUCGGUCGCGCUUCUGGAUAGUUAUGUAUUUAAGCUGCUGCAGUAUCCAGAACGCACUCAUAAUUAUGCCAGAAGAGCUACGAAAAAAGAAAAAUGAGCCAGCUUUUGAGGAGGUUAGACGUGGUGCUCGAUUGCAGCGCAUUCAUGAGCCAACUGCGGUGGACGAGGACGAUAGCUAGAGAGCGGAAGGCCGCAACUCACUAGAAUUUGGAUUCGUUUUUUCUUUUUCGUUUCCAGUCGCUGGACGAGGACGAUAGCUAAAGAGCGGAAGGCCGGAACUCACUAGAAUUUGGAUUCUUUUUUCCUUUUUUUUUCUAAAAAAAGAAAAAGUCUGCAUUGUAUGCGUUGAACGCUUCGUAUCUAUACCAAUUUGUUUUUCUUUCCAGGAGCUUUCAAGUAGCUUUCUAAAGUUUAAUUUUCUAUCAGUUUAUGUAUAUAAACUUUUAAAAAAGAUCCGCCAACAGGACGAAAAAAUGGACAGACUCGAGUGCCGCCCAAUCGACGGUUUUAAAAAAGGUGUGCAACGGAGGGUUAAGUUUGAUUUGCUUUUCUAGCUCAACAAAUGAUAAUUUUCAAUAUUUUUUUUUUUGCUAGUCAAUCGCCAAUUAAUUGCUUAAAAAAAUCGAAAUUAAAAAAAAAAAUCUUCGAUCAGGCACGAGUUUUUUAUGCUUUUCAAAAGCAGUGAAAUUUUAUUGAAAUCUACCAAACGGUUUUAAAGUUACAGUGAUCAUCAGUUCAAAAAACAUAGUUUUGAGAAAAACGCAUUUAAAGUUUUGCUAUCGAACUCUCGAGCACCCUUUGUUAAUUGCUGAAUAACUCAAAAAGUAUUUUUCGGAUUCACUUCAAAUUUUCACCCAAUAUUUUUAAGAUAUUACACUUGAAAAAAAUGCAAAAAAGUCCAAUUUUUUGAGAAUUUUGACUAUUCCUAAGCCCUUAACAAAGCGCGCCAGUUGUUUCUUUCACCCCGCUAGCAUCUCAUUAGCUCCCGGCAAUUUCGUGCCUCAUAGGCAAAAAGUGCCAAGUCCUUUCGUCAAAGUUCUACAGAUGUGCUGGACAAGCGAGUAUAAGCAUAGAAAUGGGAAACUGGCUCCCCAGGCAUGUAAACCGGCAAAAGGCUAUCCAAAUUUUCGAUGAAUCGAAGGUGCAAUUCGUUUAAUUAAAUCCUAAAUCCCUUUUUUUUAAGAAAAUAUUUCAAAAGGCAAAGCAACUUCAAAAUCUAAGCUACAUACAUCACUCCGCGAAAUUCGCAGUACUUGUCUUUUGACUUUUGCCAGCCCAACUUAUGUGACUUUAACUCCUUCGUGCUUAUAUCAAAAUUCAAUUAGUUUGAGUUGCAUUUGAAUUCGUUUUUUUUUAUUAAAAUUAUUAUAAAUAUUAAUAGAAAAAUAAUAAAUAUUAAGGCAUUUUUCUGGUCUAGAGACGUGAAAAUUUGAGGCGUUGAAAAUUGAAGAAAAACAAGCGAUAUCAAUUGAAAAACAUUUUUAUUCAUUAGAUCAAAUUUUUAUAUCCAAAAAAAAAAAAAUUUUUUUUCAAUGACAAUAAUAAAAAAAUUGCUUCUCCCGACGUAACACAUGCCACUGGCGUAACUGAUUGGGCUGCUUAAGUACGUCUGAAAAAAAAAAAAAAUCGAUUAUUCAUCAGGAGAUGUGUCGCUAUGGUGGGUAGCAGAUUUACAAAAACCAAAAUAA